AUGUCGGACGACGAUACGAACAAAGAAAUGCCCCCCCAGUCGACGCGUUUUCUAGACUCUGAUGACGACGACGACGACGACGAGAAGCGGCGGAUGGGAGGGAACGGGAGAGAAGAAAAUGAUGACGAAGCUUUUCUCGCGAAGUAUGAUUCCGACGGCUACGGAGACGAGGCCGAUCGGCAAGAAUUGAUGCAAAUGAAUGAAUUGGAUCGCGAAGAAGAGUUGGCGAAGCGGAGCGCAAAGUUGAAAAUCUUAAAAGAUCGCAAGCGGAUUUUAGAGAAAGCGAAGGAGAGAGAAGAGAAGGAAAGGAAUAAAGGGAGAGAAAGAUUGCGACAAGGCGAAGACGAGAAAUCGAAGAAGGCUCUGGAAGAGAUUGGAAAGAAAGUGAAAAAGAAAAUCGACGAAGCCGGGUCCUCUUCCGACGAUUUGUCCUCUUCUUCGGGUUUAUCCUACGAUGACGAGGACAGGUUAGAUUCAGAAGAUGAGGAAGAAAUGUUAGCGAGGAAGAAGAGAAGACGAACGUCGAUGACGACGACAAAAGGGCGAAGAUCGAAACAGAAGAAACCUUCCUCGACUCGAGGGAGAAGAAAAAGAGGAGGCGACUAUUCAGACGACGAAUCGAGCAGCAGCGGUGGAUUUGGAUACGACGAUGAUAUGGAUGUUUUUGAAGAAGCUACGGCAAAAGAUGUGAGAGCGAUCACACUUCCAAGAUCAAAGUUAGAGAAGUGGAUAUCGGAACCUUUUUACGAGAGCGCCGUGGAAGGCGCGUUUGUUCGAGUGAACAUCGGCUUGGAUAAAAACAAAGAAAGUCGCUAUCGAUUGUGUCAAAUCGCCGGAAUCGCGGACGGAUCAUAUCAAGGAACAACGCAAACGUAUAGCUUAAAAGCGUACGAGUAUAACGACGGCACGAACGCAAAAAAAUCCACGAAAAAGUGGUUGAUUUUGCGUUGGGGUAGUCACGAGAAGACGUUUCGAAUUUCAGAAACAUCAAAUCGCGUAGACGAUGCGUUUGCUCGGGCCAACGAUGAGAGCAACGCAACUGUGGGUGUCGGUAGUCUCAUUCUCGAUCACGACGAUGAACGGUUCAAAAAUUCAGAGUUCGGGAAAUGGUACGAACACGUUAAGAAAACCGCGAAAAAAUAUCUUCCCUCGGUGGACGACUGCGACAUCAUCUCAAAAAAAUUAACCGGCGCAGACGAAUAUCGAUACACUGCUGAGGAUGUUCAAAAAAUGCUCGAGCUGAACAAGCAAAAACGAGGUGGGGUAUCGACGAAUUUCAUCUUUGAAAAAGAGCAGAUGAAGAUGCAAUUGGCGAAAGCCCGCGAGGAAGGAGACGUCGAACAACAAGAAAAGUUGGAGGAAGCCAUCAAAGAAUUGAACGAGAAAAUCGAGAACAAAAUAAACAAACGAGGCGGUAAUCAAAAAGUCAUGGCGGAUAUCAACAAGAAAAAUGAGUUUUCAAACGCAAUUAAAUUGUCUCAAGCGGCGGUGAAACACAUCAAGAAGGUGAAAGAGGGUAAAGAUAUUUCUGAAGACGAUCCUUUUUCGAGACGUCCGACGCGAGUGACGACGUAUUGGUCCAUGAAAACAGAUGGCGAGAACAACGCAAAAUCUGCAGCAGAGAAAGCUGCGAAAAUGGCCGAAAUGAAUGCAGAGACAGCUGCGGCAGGAAACGAACGCAAAGAAGAAGAGGAUGAAGAAGACGCGUUCGCGAACUACAAAACGAUGAAGGAGAAACUUCGCGAGUCUUUGCAUCACAUCUCAAAAUCGCACCAACUCGCGCAAAAUAAACUCCUCAACAUGAAUAGCAACGGGAUGAAACCUUCUUUAACGCACGCGAAAAGAGCCACGGAGCGCGAUCCAGUUCUCGUCAGGCAAAGAUUUGCCGCCGGGAGAAUGAACGCCUCCUCGAAUGGAGGAUCGAAAGCGUUGGCUGGAAACUCUUUAUCCGUUAAGGAGUACCUCGCUAGACAAGAGGCAAAAGGUGAAGCGUAA